GUGGGAGCCUCCACAGUCGCUCUCUGAUUGGCUCUCACUCAGCUAACUCCAUUUUGGAAAACAGCUGUUUGAAGACACAACCUUUUUCUCGUUGUUGUCCGGCGGUAUCUCGAGAUAAAAACCAACAAAAACAUAGCCAGGCAUUCAACUCACACUUAUUCAGCAAGGAAAGGGGGGGUUCUUUAUUAUUUUUUACCCCUCCACAGCAGCAAGCCCCGCGUCGGUUUCUGUCCGAUUCGGCGUGCUGCGUUUUUGUCCGACCGCCAGGAAAACUUAACUGAGGAUCCAUGGUGUUAAAUUUCCAUUGUAACAAGUGGAUAAGAGGAGGCGACCCGACCAAGGUUUUGGGCCACAGGGACGCUCACACAGGGGACACGGUGUUGUACAUCUAACACCUCUGGUGUAAUGAGAGCGCUGGUCAUGGACAGAUGAUGGACGUGGAGACGUCGUACUCAGACUUCAUCAACUGUGAUCGCACAGGCCGCAGGAACGCAGUUCCCGACAUCACAGGGGAGGGGGAAGGAGCGGCCAGCACCAGUGAACUCACCAAAGACCUGGCGGAGAUGGACCUGAAGGCAGCAGAAGGAGACCCGGGGGCCUCCCCAGCCCCCGAGGCAGAGGGCUCCACCAGCCAAGACGCCCAGGGAGGUGGAGGCCCGUCCUAAACCCAGCCAGAGACCGAAGGGGGGAGGGGGGGGAGGCAGAGCUGAGGAGUGGAAGCGAGUGAAAGUGGGGAGGCAUGGAGAAAGGAAAGAGAGUGUAUAUUGGUUGUCCUGAAUGGACACAAGGACACCUUCGCUCACUGCCGGCCUGUUUGGAGCUUCAGCGGCCCAAAUGUACGCCUUUUCAUUGGAUCAGAUUGUAACACGGGGAGCAGAACGGAGUAGAACUGACACCUGAGAUUCUGCUCUCUCGCUUCAUCCUCUGUUAGUCAUUCAUAUUCCCGACGAGACAAGAAAGCACAGAAACUUUGAAAUUGUUUGUGGAGAGGGACCGAGCUGAACAGAAUUCAUUUGUAACACUCGAAACAUUGUUCUAAUAAUGAACAGUGUCGUGGAGGGAGUAUUCAUAAUCAUCUGUUUGUCAUUUUCUUUUUUUAUGUAUGUGUAUGUGUGUUUGUGACCCUCUUGUUCGAAUUCAUGGUUGAGUCUUUUCUUUUUUUUUAAUUUUUAGUAACAUAGUUGCCAUUAUACUGUCGUGUACGGACUUCAUAUUUAUUGCUAAAUGUUCAGUGAUAACUUUGUGAUAGCAAUUUUCUUUGUGUAAUAAAAUACUUAUGAAUUACUGUAACAUCUGUUUUUAAUGUUUUCACGCGAAGCAAUUUGCAGGUCUGUGUUGUACUGAACACAGGCAGGUAAAGCAGCUUCAGAAGUGCAGAGUUCCUGUCGACUAGAAUUAAUGAGUUCAGCGCUGAGUUCUUCCAGAGCCAUAAAUAUUAUUAAAUGCAGCUAUUGUGUACAUUAGCAUGGCUACAGGAAGCCAGUGCUUACAUUUCUACCAAGCGUGGACGCCAUGUUCCCAUUUAUCUCUCUGUACAAUAAAGGAACAGAGGAUGACAGAGCA